AUGUAUGUAUGUAUGUAUGUAUGUAUGUAUGUAUGUAUGUAUGUGUGUGUGUGUAUGUAUGUAUGUAUGUAUGUAUGUAUGUAUGUAUGUAUGUAUGUAUGUAUGUGUAUGUAUGUGUGUAUGACUGUUUGUGUAUGGGUAAAUGUGUGUGUAUGUAUAUGUGUGUGUGUCUGCGUGUAUGUGUGUGUAUGUUUGUGUUGGGGUGUGUAUAUGUGUGUGUAUGUUUGUGUUUGUGUGUGUGUAUGCGUGUGUAUGUGUAUGUGUAUGCGUGUAUAUGUGUGUGUGGUGUGUGUAUAUGUGUGUGCAUGUUUGUGUGUAUAUGUGUGUGUAUGUUUGUGUUUGUGUAUGUAUGUAUGUAUGUAUGUGUAUAUGUAUGUUUAUGUGUAUUAUGUAUGUAUGUAUGAAUGUAUGUGUGUAUGUAUUUAUGUAUGUAUGUAUGUAUGUAUGUAUGUAUGUAUGUAUGUAUGUGUAUGUCUGCAUAUUUGUAUGUAUGUAUGUAUGUAUGUAUGUAUGUAUGUAUGUAUGUAUGUAUGUAUGUAUGUAUAUGUAUGUAUGUAUGUAUGCAUUUUUUAUAAAAAACUGCUAAGUAAUUCAAAGUGUGUGCCACAAAAUCAUGGACUUCCAAAUUCUCUUCUUGACAAAAAUGUAAUGCUAACAAAAAAGUAUGGUGAUUCUGGAAACAAAACAAUCCAAAUGCCUGAAUAA